UCGGUGCCGGUGGGGUUUGUUUGGCUAGGGCGUUUUGGCAGGCUUAUUUGGCAGCUGGCGGGAUUGAUAAGGCUGAACAUCGACCACCAUCGCUCUUUUGCAGCUUCAACGGCUUUUUCACUUGGGACAUUUUUUGUUUUGUUUUGGAUGGGUGAUGGAAUCCUGGAUAUGAAAGACAGGUUUUGGAGAUUUCUUUACGUUUUCUUCUCUUGGCGGACAGUGAUCAUCCCGAGUUUCGACCGGGGAGGCGGCUUGACACGAUGAGUUUCAAAGUGAGGCGGCGAGGGGAGGGACUGACUCGGGUGUUGUUUGUGAGAUUAUACAACGUGAUGACGGGUGCAAAACACGAUUACUGACAUCUUGACAGAUAUUUUAUCUGAUCUUCUGCGAUAUCCAGUUCCAUGUGGUCAACGUGCUUGACAUUUCGGACCAUCAUCCCGGAGGAGCGUUGUGCAGGAAGAGUACACCGUUGGCCGAGUGUUGUCUCCGUCGUCCGAAGUUCAUGACAGGGAACGACGUACCACCGCCCACUUCCUCAACGCCUCCGAGGUUUCCAAGCCGUUUCCGGUCCACCGCCAGCGGCAAAAAGUAAACAUGGAAUGCCCAAUGAUCCCCUAUCGCUUUCUUGGUGCUACGCCAGACAGACCUUUACGGUCGACCAGACAUCCAAGCAAGUGCUUGUCUUGGUGUAUGAUGACCGUGUCGAGUGACCCGGUUCUCCGGUAUUUUUUUCCCAUCCAGCAUGGUUCAGCACACUUGACGUCGUUAGCUCAAUGUAGGGUAAUCCAUUCGUGUUCGUCUUGAUCUAGUCUGCCCAAGUGCUGUUGUUCUGCGAAUGAGAUGCCAUCAAUGGCGUCCCGGUCCUUCAGCAUCUGGGUCUCAACAUGGCACGCCAGAGAAGAUGGCCGCCAGAUAUGUUGUUGGGGUUGUUCGUCUGCUCAAUAGCAUUCCUCUGCGAUGGCGCCGCCACUCGAACAUCAUCCUCGAACGACGUCGAACAGAACUCGAACGCAAUACAUGUCUUGCCACAACCUCGACCACAGACCUUGACCCCUAGACGUCAAGAUGGUCACGCUCAGGUCAACCACAUGUCGAGGACAUCAACAGCAAUAGCACCGACACCAACGAAACCAUCUCAGCGGAUUGUGUCAACCACAUCAACAGCCUACUAUACAGUCACCGUCACUGCGAGCCCGACUCCCCGAAAGCGCAACUUUGUCGACAUCAGUGAGCUUCUUGAGUCAAUAGACUCGCUACAAGAAGCACUCGCUUCGGCAACAGCCAGCGCAGUGUCUCUGUCACGAGAAUUUGCGGGUUCCAUAAACCAACUGGAAUCUUCAACCCAGUAUCUUGCCGCAUCGGCAUCGAGUGCGCUGUUGGUUGCGGAAGCAUCAGCCUCGAAAGCGCUGGCGGCAGCUGAGGCUUCUGCUGCCAAGGCGCUCUCUGCCGUGGAAGAAUCAGCUGCUAGUAGCAUCAGCGAGGUGUUAGCAGUGGCCACCUCGACAAUCCCAAGGACAAGCAAUGAUACCUAUCGGACACAAGUAGACAAUGGAGAUGAGUCCAGUGUGUCUCCAGCUAUUGUCGGCAUUGCUGUCGCGGUCUCGGUGGUUGGUUCGUCACUUAUAUCUCUGCUCGUGUUCUUUUUCUUCACGCGACGUCGCAAAGCUAAGCAACGUGCGCAAGAGGAAGAAAAUGAAAUGAAUGCUGCCCUCGACCGAGCCAUUGUUUCCUACAUUGUCAAGGAGCUACCAAGCCCUCAGGGGUCGACAGGUCAACAAACCGGGCAAGGACAAUUUUGGAUUGAAGACAAAGAGGAAGGCGAUGCAGGAAACUCUUUCGCGCCAAGUCCACCCGGACCUACUGAGCCGACCCCAACAGGUCCCUCAGACUUGCACCAUGUGGAAGAGCUCCCACCGACACCACCCUCACCUCAAUCGGGCAUGAUACCAAUACAAGAAAUGCCCUCGCCCCAGCCAUCGACACAGCCUCCAUCCUCACGGUCAUCUUUAGACAGGGUGCCUCGGGGCAUGCCACGGUCUAGAUCCCACAGGUCGCCAAGGAUGGCGAAACCACCACCAGCUCACAUGCGGUCUCAUUCUCAAACGACCCCUUCUCCGAGGGUGAGGUCGGGUUACUUUGGUCAUCAACCAUCCGCCUCCGACGCAUCUGGUGGGUCAGCCUGGUAUCAGCCCAGCAUGACGCCCUCGUCGAUUGCUAUCAGCAGGGCGCUCAGCCGGCGGACGGCGUCUUCUCACUUUAUGGAUAGCGCCGAGAAGAUAUACGGUGAUAUUCUCACAAGUCCGUUGGAGAAGGAUCCGCUGGAAGCGCCAUAUCAGCCGGCCCCUGAGCCGCCGGUAAAUACACUUCCCAAAUCCUCGUCAAAGAUGAAACGGGAAGAUGUAGGGUGGCCUUUGCCGGCGAAGGAGGCAUGGUUAUGAUCUUAAGGGGGGAAAUGUGCUUGUUCAGGCCUGGGAGUUUGGGAGUUCUGGGCAGAAUGGGUGGUCUUCCUGUCUUCCGAAGCAACGUGAUAGCAUCAAUGUACAUUAUUUUGCAGCGCUAUAUACCACAAUAUCUGAAGUUCUUCUC